AUGGCCAAAUACGCCGACGGUAGCACGACCUUGGGACCGCUCCUGGUGCCUGCCUGGUGGAGCUGGCCCUAUCCCGCUGGCGGCGACCUGAUCUUCACGAAUUAUCUGACUGAUAGUACGACCAACUACAAUCGGUCAAAUAUCUUCCAGACCAUCAACUGGCUAGACUCUUCAAAGGAUCUUGUGUCUUUGACCUUCCCCAACUCCACGGCAGGGUCAUCCACCUCGCCUGGUGGAGCGUCGAUCAGCACUGUACUGCAUGUUUUUUCUCUGUCAAUGUUGCCAGUUCCCAAAAAGGAGCAGCAUUCUGCUAGCCUAGAAAUUCAGUAUGCUCGGUCUACUCAGAAAUGGAUGGAGGGCACGACAGACAAGACUCAGAUCGUUGAAGUCCUUGUCAAUAAUGUCGGCACAUCCUUCAUCCUGCGCAACAACGCGGUUCGGGUUCAUAUUCAAUCACCACAUUUGGAGACUGUGACAGAGGGUGUCAUCAAGAGACUGGGCCCUGGUGACCAGGCCAUCGUGGAGGUUGGCGUUCGAAAUCGACCCGGGGUCCAAGCCGGCAGCGCUGGUCCAGCGACCGUUGUCAUUGGAGGCCAUCGGGUUGUGUCUAGCCCAUAUACUUUCGAAGCAACAUAUGGCAUCAAGCCUUAUGAGGCAACGUAUGAGUCUGUGUACAGCCACGAAGCACCAAACUGGUUCAACAAUGCCAAGUUCGGCAUUUUCAUCCACUGGGGAGUAUACUCCGUGCCUGGAUGGGGCAACAAGGGAUCGAGGGAGGAGUAUGCCGAAUGGUACUGGUGGUAUCUCAACCAGGGACCCAGCAGUCUCCCCCAAACUUAUCAGUACCACCUUGAGACCUAUGGACCGAAUGUGGUUUACGACGACUUCAUUCAGAACUUUACUGCUGACGCAUGGGAUCCUAAGGAGUGGGUGGACUUAUUCGCAGAUGCUGGAGCCAACUAUUUUGUUCAAGUCAGCAAGCAUCAUGAUGGAUUUGCACUGUUCACUGCGGGCUCCGACGUAUCGAAGAGAACAGCGGUGGAUCUAGGUCCGCAGCGAAAUCUACUCCAGGUAGACCAUUCAAUCAAUGACUAUCGAACCUGGACUGACUAUCUCUACUCCAGGAACUUUUCGACGCAGCAAAGGAGCACCAGCCGCAUCUGCAUCGCGCGACAUACUAUUCUCUGCCUGAGUGGUUCAACCCAGACUAUAAGAAAUAUGGGUUCUCCUCGUGGCCCGGAGGUAUUGAUUGCCCUUCACGGAACUCGGCGGUGGAAAUUGCAACUGACAGCAGCUUUAGGCAAUGCCACAAAUCCUUUCACCAAUGAGACCCUUCCUUACACCGGGUUUGUUCCCUUAGACGAUUAUAUUACGGACAAGAUUGUCCCGGAGAUGAACACACUGGCCGACAUGGGCACGGAGAUUAUGUGGUGCGACAUUGGAGGCCCAAACCGGACAACGGAAUUCGCGUCCGAGUGGUUUAAUCGUGCAGCGCAGGAGAAUCGACAGGUCGUCAUGAACGCUCGCUGUGGACUUCCAGGUGACUUCGACACGCCCGAGUAUGCGAGAUACAACGGCGUGCAAGUGCGUAAAUGGGAGAGCAACCUGGGAAUGGACCCAUUCAGCUAUGGCUACAAUCGAGACACGCCGCUGGCCAGCUAUAUGAACGCAAGCACCAUCGUUACGUCGCUGAUUGACAUUGUCAGCAAGAACGGCAACUUUUUGCUUGAUGUUGGGCCCAUGGCGAAUGGGACUAUCCUUGAUAUCGAGCAGCAGCACUUGCGCCAGGCGGGCACGUGGAUCAGAGGCCAUGGAGAGGCAAUCUACAAUACCACUUACUGGUUUGUUACUCCCGAGGAAGGAGAUAAUAUCCGCUUUACCAUCGCCCAAGAUGCGUUUUACAUCCACACGCUGGCUAGGCCGAAUGGCACGCUGGCGCUGAACAGCCCGGUCCCGUGGGUGGAGGGUGAUCAAGUCACAGUCGUCGGUGGAAAGAAGCACGGUGAUGUGGUGCCUAGCCACAAGACUGCCAAUGGCAGUGUCAUUCUUUCCGUGAGCGAAGAGGUGGUCAAGGCUGAUGAGUAUGCCUGGGUGUUCAAGAUCACAUACUGA